UGUAGGGACGAAAUGGUGAAAUCAAACAGAGAUGCCUGAAGCUGGCAUGAGUUUAUAGUGAUCUCUUUACAUCCUGCCGUUGUCAAUUACUGAGAUUACCGAGUGUGAGAGAGAGUGAAACCAAUAAUAGCCUGAGUGAUCAGACUGCCCCCUGCUAUUCUCUGAGCUCAGCUAACCCGAUGGAGACAUUUGGCAGCAGUUAGCUUAUUAAAACACUUCGAAGUGAACAAAGCAGCGAUGAGCCGACAAGUUUUUAACGGGACGUCUUCAUCGCUGAACUUCUCCACAAGAAUUACAGGUAAUGGAUGUUCACACACAAAUCUAAGGGAGGAUGACUGGGACACUCUGCGUUUUGAGCUUACAAAGACGGAGGAUGAGAUUCAGACGUUGAGGCAAGUCCUUUUGGCAAAAGAGAAGUAUGCGGCAGACAUCAGGAGGCAGCUGGGGAUGAGUCCACUCAGUAACGUGAAGCAGAAUCUCUCAAAAGGUUGGCAGGAAGUCCAGACCUCAGCUCCAUACCUCACAGCCUCUGCCACUCUGGAGGACAUCAGCAACUCCAGCGUAUACGUGAGGACACGAGACGGCCUGUCUCAAGCCAGCCAGGUGACAUCUGCUGCUCUGUCCAACGUGGGCGUGGCCAUCACCAGAAGGCUGGCGCAGAUGAGGAACAGCUCUUGCCUGCUUCCUGCAGCUCAGACUGCAUCUGCCCUUCAGUUGGCUCUAGAAGAAUCUGGGCCAAAGGUACCCGACCCGACCCGGCCCGGCCCGACAUCCGGGGUCCAAACACACAGAUAAGAUGAGAGGAAAGAGACAUGCAGACUUUACCGGACUCAGUGACUUAUUGUAUAUUUUAAGCUCAGGUGAAAAGGUUCGUUCCUGUUCCGGGUCUAAAGUGUCGUCCUGUUUUAGGGUUAUAUUUGUUCAGCAACACGAGCCGGACGGAUGGACCCGCUGGGCCCACGAGCCACUCAGGGACUUUCUGUGUCCACAGAAAAAGCUGCAUGCUGGCAUCAGUUUAUCGCCGCAGCAUGUUUGUGUUUUCUAUUUGUGUUCCCGUCUGUUGGCCAACUUCUCUGGUCUUAAAUGCAACAAAAACACGUUUCAACACCAACAUCUGCAGCAGUUUUAGAGAAUUUAGCUGAGGCUCAUUUCCCAAAAAAAUAAGUGUUUGCAAAAGAUGUUUAAUUCAUCUGCAGUUUAAAGGGUUUUUUUCUUGAGUUUUUGUCACAUCUUAAAACUCAUUUUUAUUUCGAGCCCCAACAACACCAGGAACGUCCUAUUAAAGGCCAGUUGUGGUCAAAUCUUUUACUAAAACUUCUCACUAAAUAUAACAACAUAAAACAUAAAUAAAUAGUUUCUGCGUAAAACCAGA